UUCGGCAGGUUUCUCCUUCCACCGCACAUGUGAUUGAGAAGUGGUUUCAUAGCAAAUGUUCUUCAAGAGUGGGAAAAAGAAAAUGGAAUCAAGAGCUAGUUCGGCGGGCAAUUGAAAAUGGAGGUGGAGGGUGGCAUGGAAUGGGCUGGUUGGGAAAAGGGAAAUGGACCGUGUCUCGUACUUCUGUCGGGUCUGAUGGGUUAUGUAAAUGUUGUGGUGAACAGUUGGCAACCAUUGAUCUCGAUCCCAAGGAAACUGAGAAUUUUGCCCAAUCUGUUGCUUCUAUUGCUGCACAGAGAGAAAAGAAGUCAAAUUUCCAGAAAUUUCAAAAAUGGCUUGACUACUAUGGACCUUUUGAAGCAGUUGUAGAUGGAGCAAAUGUUGGACUUUUGAACCAAAGAAACUUUAAACCAUCCAAGGUCAAUGCCGUUGCAAAUGGAAUUCGACAGAUGUUUCCUUCUAAAAAGUGGCCUCUUAUUAUCUUGCAUAAUAGAAGAGUUAAUGGAGAUAAGUUGCACAAACCAUUUGAAAAAGCACUUAUAGAGAAGUGGAGAACAGCUGAUGCACUCUAUGAAACACCUACUGGUUCAAAUGAUGAUUGGUACUGGUUAUAUGCAGCUAUAAAGUUCAAAUGUUUACUUGUGACAAAUGAUGAAAUGAGAGAUCAUUUGUUUCAAUUACUUGGAAAUGACUUUUUCCCUAAGUGGAAAGAGCGACAUCAGGUGCAUUUUAGUUUCUCUGAAAAAGGCCCACUAUUCCAAAUGCCUCCCCCAUGUUCCGUUGUUAUCCAGGAGUCAGAAAAAGGUCACUGGCACAUUCCAACUGUGUUAGAACUUGGAUUUGAAGAGGAAAGAACCUGGUUGUGUGUUACACGAACUAGCGCACUUGAAGCAAAGAAAAAAUCUCAUAUUCUAUCCAGAGAAUCUAACGUUCGUAGCCGUAAGGAGAAAGAUGUGGUCAAUUCAAGUACUCACAAGAAAACUCAAGCAGAAGUGACACGAACAAAGCGUGGAGAAAAUGACAUUAAUCAAGAAGAAGAGUCUUACUUCAAACUAGAAAGUGUUCUUCAAACAUCAGUAUCUCCUCAGAAGCAUCAUAGCAAGAUUCUUCAGGAACUUUAUACUGCAGAGAUGCUUGGCAAUUGCAUAGUUGAUUUCCAAAUUUAAGCGCGAGGAAUUUAGUGUCAGGUUUUGUUUGGUGGUUGAGUUGAGAAGAAAAUGUGAGCAACCCCUUUUAGUUUUGAAUUGAACUCGUGAUGGGUGAUCACAUGCUUUAUGGGAAUUGAACAAUAUUCUUCAUUUUGUGCUCUACUCAUUUAGUCACAUAAAUUCUUGUUUUUUCAGUGAAAUAAACUUUAUUUGGGACGGCAGGGUUAUGAUAGACUCGAACAAGUAAAGAAUAGAAGAAAACAUUGGUAUUACUA